AGGAGCCAAGAAGCGGUGCUGAGGUCCCUACGCCCCUCUGCCACCAUGGUGGGUCUGAAGCCCCCCGAGGUGCCCCCAACCACCGCCGUGAAGUUCGUCAGCGCGGGGAUGGCCGGAUGCAUCGCUGACCUCUGCACCUUCCCCCUGGACACCGCCAAAGUGCGCCUGCAGAUCCAGGGCGAGGUGAGGAUCCCCCAGGCCACCAGCUCUGUGGAGUACCGGGGUGUCUUGGGGACGCUGAGCACCAUGGUGAGGACAGAGGGACCCCGCAGCCUGUACAGAGGGUUGGCAGCCGGGCUGCAGCGCCAGAUGAGCUUCGCCUCGAUUCGCAUUGGGCUCUACGACUCCGUGAAGCAGCUCUACACCCCCAAGGGUGCCGAGAACACAGGCCUGGCUGCGCGGCUCCUGGCAGGCUGCACCACAGGGGCCGUGGCUGUGGCCUGUGCCCAGCCCACCGAUGUGGUCAAGGUCCGGUUCCAAGCCAACGGGGCACAGCUGGACGGGGCCCGCCGGUACAGUGGCACUGUGGAUGCCUAUCGCACCAUCGCCAGGGAGGAAGGGGUCCGUGGGCUCUGGAGAGGAACGCUGCCCAACAUUGCCCGCAAUGCCAUCAUCAACUGCGGGGAGCUCGUCACCUACGACCUCCUGAAGGAUGUGCUGCUGCGGACGGGGCUCAUGGCAGACAACGUUCCAUGCCACUUCGUGGCUGCCUUCGGUGCUGGGUUCUGCGCCACGGUGGUGGCAUCACCAGUAGAUGUGGUGAAGACACGGUACAUGAACGCCAGCCCUGGGCAGUACCAGAAUGCCCUGAGCUGCCUCCUGGCUCUGCUCAAGCAGGAUGGCCUCGCCGGCCUCUACAAGGGAUUCAUCCCAUCCUUUCUGCGGUUGGGCUCCUGGAAUGUGGUCAUGUUCGUGUCCUAUGAGCAACUGCAGCGCGCGGCAGUGCUGGUACGGCCAGCCCUGGCCUGACCCCACUCUGGACCCUCUCACCAUCCCAGAGAGGCUCAGCAUCAAUUAUAUUAAUUGUGGAGACGCCGGGGAGCAGCAAUGCCACUUCUGGAGAGACAGAAGGAGAAACGACGCUGUUUGAGGAGAAUUAUGGGAGAGUAGAAGUUUCCAGAGAGGGGUUUUAGGAAGUAAGAAAAGAAAUGUUUCUAGGUUUUCCAGCUGGGAAGAGCAGCGCUUCCCAGGGGCAGCAGUGCAGGCAGGUGGGACCAAACUGAGAGAUGGGGGCUGUGGCAAUUCCUGUUAUUCCUUAUCGGCACUUCCAAUAAACCACCCCUAUGGGGUCUGAUCAAGCUGA